ACCUUGCCUACUUGUAAACAUGUCCGACGAUCACGACCACACCUUCGAGAGCGCCGACGCCGGUUCCUCUUUGACCUACCCCAUGCAGUGCUCUGCCUUGAGAAAGGGUGGACACGUUGUCAUCAAGGGUCGUCCCUGUAAGAUUGUCGAGAUGUCAACCUCCAAGACUGGCAAGCACGGUCACGCCAAGGUUCACUUGGUUGCCAUUGACAUCUUCACCCAGAAGAAGCUCGAGGAUCUCUCUCCCUCCACCCACAACAUGGAUGUCCCCAACGUUGUCCGUAUGGAGUACGCCCUCCUCAACAUUGAUGACGGUUUCUUGUCUUUGAUGUUGCCUGACGGUUCCACCAAGGAUGAUGUCAAGCUCCCUGAGAAUGAGGUCGGUACCCAGAUGGAGGAGGAGUUCGAGGAUGGCAAGGAGUUGUUGGUCUCUGUCGUGUCCGCCAUGGGUGAGGAGCACGCUUUGUCCUACAAGGAAGCCCCCAAGGGUGCCUAAAGGAUUCCUUUCUGUUGAAAGGUAGCCAACACUCUAUUAUUGGUGUCUAGUUUAGGAUCGCGCAUGGUUCAUUUGUGAUCUUUUUGCAAAACUUAUAAUAUACAGCAAAAACGACUUUACAAAAAAAAUCUAUGUUUUCUGUUGAUUUGUGAAAUGUGUAUAUAAAUUUGAAUUAUUUUUAAAGAAAAAAAAGUUUUUUUUUGUAUUGCAUGCCCAAGGAAACUUG